GAAGAAAUGCCGUCGUAUAUAUCAGAAUGGGGUCGCAAUCAAUUUGGUGAGGCACCCGAUUAGCUGAAUUAGUGGUACAUCGCUCUGGCCCCCAUCCUAAUCCAGUAGUCGAUACUCGUAUAAAAGGACCACCGCGUCGACUCUUUUUCUUCAGCAUUGCAAUGUCUGCCCCAGAAACCAAAUUCGCACCUACUCAAUCCUCUUCUGUCCUCGGCGGACAGAUUGUCGGUCGCUCUGAGCGCCAGGCUGUUGCACCCCCCGCAGCUCUGAAGCUCCGUCUUGACCUUAACCUCGAGGUUGAGAUUGCCAUCCAGGCCAAGGUCAACGGUGACAUCACCUUGUCGCUCCUGUAAGUUGAUGCCCAUUGUCCACCUUGGGCGUGCUGAUGCUGAUUAUCUGGCAUUUAGCCAGUAAAUGCGCUGUAGGUGUGGAGACUUGGAGUCGGAUUGCAUUGGUUGAACCGAGGUGAGAUACUUGCCAUUCUGUAUUAUCGUCGUUUUCAUGCUGAGGCCUUGGGGGGUGUUAGAAAAUGUUUUUAUCAGUUGAAUCCUUCUCAUUCUCCUUGGUUCCCUUACAUAAAAACCAUAUUAGUACUUACGGGCGUUUUUAUAUCUGUGGGAUAUCAAUAUCAGUUUAUUUUGGGGAGCAUGGUCUUCAGUUUUGAAUGUGAUUAUCUGAACCCAUUUUUGG